UUACAGGCUAUUUGGGCAUUGAAAAUGAAGGCUUUGACUGCUCAGAUCAUGGUUGAUGAUAUUGAAGCUGAGGAAGAAGGUAUUGCUGAGACCGCUUUUGACAUGGACACACUAGCUCAAGCUCCUCGACCUGGCACUUCACUGCGCACUGCUGCCAACCCCCAGACCACUGGACAGGGCUUUCGGCCCCGAGGAGAGACAGGUCGGCCAGUGAGUGGAGUCGUCCGGCCAAACACUCAGAGUGGUCGAGCUACCAGUUUAGAAGCUGCGUUGAGAACCCCUCGUACCGCUCGGUCUGCGCGACCAUCCACUUCACAAAACGCUCGAACUGUCCGGCUUGGCACUGCCUCCAUGAUGAGUCAGCCAGACGGUCCUUUUAUUCAGGUCGCUAGACUGAAUCUGCCAAAGUAUGCUGCCGACGAAAAGCUAGCCAAACCUCUGUUUCAAUACAUUUUCUAUCAUGAAAAUGAUGUCCGCAACGCUUUGGACCUAGCUGUUGAAGCCACCAAAGCAGCUCAGUUUAAGGACUGGUGGUGGAAAGUACAGUUAGCUAAAUGUUAUUUUCUGCUCGGACUCUUGCGAGAUUCAGAACAGCAACUUCGUUCUGCCCUUAAACAACAACCUACGAUUGAAGGAUUCCUGCGCAUCGCAAGAGUUUACAUCCGUUUAGACCAGCCUCUCAGCGCAGUAGAUAUUUGUCGAUCUGGUUUGGAAAUAUUUCCCAAUGAGGUCACGUUGAUGACGGAAAUUGCAAGAGUCCUAGAGGGUCUCAACAAUAUUCCAGCUUCAGUGAAGUACUACAAGGAGAUUCUUCAAAAAGAUGCCACUAACAUAGAAGCAAUUGCUUGCAUCGCAGUGAACCACUUUUACGGCGACCAACCCGAAGUUGCCCUGAGAUUUUACAGGAGGCUGCUUCAGAUGGGUCUGUACAACACCGAGUUGUUCAACAAUCUUGGUUUGUGUUGCUUCUACUCCCAGCAGUAUGAUAUGACUGUCAGCUGUUUUGAGCGAGCUCUCAGUCUCGCCAUAGAUGAAACGGCAGCAGACGUUUGGUACAAUAUUGCUAAUAUUGCAAUUGCCUUGGGAGACUUGAAGCUGGCCUCUCAGUGUCUGCGACUAGUGUUGUCUGUAGACUCUAGUCACGCCCCCACCUACAACAACCUCGGUGUGUUGGAAUACAGGCGGGGCAACACGUCCCAGGCGAGGGCUAUGUUCCAGGCGGCAGGUGCUCUCGCCCCCUACCUCUACGAACCUUUCUACAAUGGCGCUCUUAUUGACAAUGGGGUUGGUGACCUCCAAUCCAGUUAUGUGGCUGUGCAGAAAGCACUUCAGGCUUACCCAGGUCACAAAAGUUCAGCUGACUUGCUCAAUGACCUAAAGAAGCAUUUUAACAACAUCUAAACUCGAUGUAGUAGCUCUGGAUCAAGAUGCCGUUGGCCAUCUGUAAAUAUGAGGCUUGUUCGUUGAUUGAGAUCACGAACGAGCUCUUGUGGCUAAGCUAGCUAUUUCAAAUCUGAUACCAGCUCCUUGGUUUUUUCACUUCAUCCACUACUAUUCCAGCUGAUUCCCACCCUUCUACAAGUUUCGUUAGGAGCCGAAAACAAUGUGACAAGAAAUCGAGCUGCCAAGUAUGAAUAACGUUCUGCAAUUGGAUAUCUUAAACCCAGUAAACUAAUUUGAAAGGAGGCUUUCAAAGUUUUCUAAAGUAAUAAUUUUUCUGUUACAGUAAUAUACUGUGAAUC